GGCUAAGGGGGUUGUGUGGAAAGGGUUUUCAUGAUUGGUGUGAUGAAAAAAGAAAUCCGCUUGGGUGUUGUUGUUGGGGGGUGGACAUGAUAUAGAGACAGCUUACCAGUCUCCGAGGAAACGAACGAAAACAAUAUACUUGGCUAAUUUACCGUGGUACUGUCCUGCUUAGGUGGCUGUGCAGCUCGAAAUCUGUUGCUAGCUAGCCGCAGUGAUCAUAAUAAGCUACCUAGCUUACGUUGUCUGGGUUGCCUGCGAAAUAAAUGACUGAAAAGAGGAUAGGAAUGUAAAAUCAGUCUGUCGUAAAAUUACUGGUAGUUCGUGCGUUUAGCCAGCGAGACAUUGCUACGUCGUUAACGCCUUGGCCAGCUAGCGUGCUAAGUAAUAAUAACGUUAGCUAAGGCUAGCUAACUAGACAGCUGGCGUAGCUAGGUAACGCUAGUGAGCUAACCGUACAGUUUGUCUUGUGGGUUAGCUGGCUGCUUGGCAAGCCCCAUGCAAGCUAGCAAUCCAGCAAAUCAACAUGGGUCCCUCAUUACAACUAGCAAGGCAGGCAGUGCUUUGACUGUUUAUCCUGUCCUUGUUUGAAGCGAAAGGGAAACGAAAGCAUUCCGAUAGGUUCGGUGGGAAGGGGGUAGUCCUCCGCCAGCCAGACUGGUGUGAGUGUUCGGGGCUGUGCACGGCCUGAGCGGGAUUCGAGACAUAAAAACACCGUGGAGGACCAAGCAGCACCUACCAAAAUGGCGUCACCGGGUCCAACUGCUUCAGGAUCGAUGGGUCCGACAGGGUCAGGUGGGACCAGGAAGAUGGCUUCCUCUGAGGUACCUGGCUCCUCAGGCACCUCUCAGACCAUGAAGAAGACCAUUGGACACAGAGGGGUCGACCCCACCGGCGAGACCACCUACAAGAAGACCACCUCCUCUGCCCUGAAAGGUGCCAUCCAGCUGGGCAUCACGCACACAGUGGGCAGUCUGAGCCAGAAGGCCGAGCGGGACGUUCUCAUGCAGGACUUUGUGGUGGUGGAGAGCAUCUUCUUCCCCAGUGAGGGCAGUAACCUAACACCAGCCCACCGGUACAGCGACUUCAGAUUCAAGACCUAUGCCCCCAUCGCCUUCCGCUACUUCCGAGAGCUGUUCGGCAUUCGGCCAGACGACUACCUGUACUCCCUGUGUAACGAGUCGCUGAUCGAGCUGUCGAACCCGGGAGCGAGCGGCUCCGUGUUCUACGUCUCCAGCGACGACGAGUUCAUCAUCAAGACCGUGCAGCACAAGGAGGCUGAGUUUCUGCAGAAACUGCUCCCGGGGUACUUCAUGAACCUGAACCAGAACAAGCGCACCUUGCUGCCCAAGUUCUAUGGGCUCUACUGCGUUCAGGCGGGAGGCAAGAACAUCCGCAUCGUGGUGAUGAACAACCUGCUGCCGCGCUCCGUACCCAUGCACCUCAGGUACGACCUCAAGGGCUCCACCUACAAGCGCCGCGCCUCUGCCAAGGAGCGGGAUAAGGCCUCACCCACCUUCAAGGACCUGGACUUCAUCCAGGACCUGCCUGACGGGAUUCUGCUGGAGCCGGACUACUACAACGCCCUGAGCAAGACCAUCCAGAGGGAUUGCCUGCUUCUGCAGAGCUUCAAGAUCAUGGACUACAGCCUGCUGGUGGGGAUCCACAACAUGGACCAGGCGUGCCGGGAGCGGGCAGGCGAGGGCGUGGCCACUGAGGGGGCCGUGUCGCCGGACCAAAGGAGGCCACAGGGCCAGAAGUCCCUGUACUGCACUGCCAUGGAGUCCAUCCAGGGGGAGGUGCGGGGCAAGGGGCCCCAGGACUCAGAGGACCACAGACUGGGUGGGAUCCCGGCCCGCAACGGCAAAGGGGAGAGGCUGCUGGUCUUCAUCGGGGUCAUCGACAUCCUGCAGUCCUACAGGUUUAUGAAGAAGCUUGAACACUCCUGGAAGGCCCUGGUCCACGAUGGGGACACAGUGUCUGUGCACAGACCUGGCUUCUAUGCAGAAAGGUUCCAGAGAUUCAUGUGCAACACCGUCUUCAAGAAAAUCCCAUUGAAGCCCUCCCCCUCGAAGAAGAGCCGAGCCGGAGGCCAGGGCAUGCUGAGGAGGGCCAACACAACGGGCGGCAGCACCGGCCCACAAUCCCACGCGGGCGGCAACUCGGCGGACAGCCGGCCGUUCUAUCACUCUCAGCUCAGUCACUCGGAGGCAGAGGGAGAGAGCGGCAUGCAGUCAGGCCGCCCUGACUUGCUACCGAAGACCCCUCCCUUGGACAAAUCGGAAAAUAAGGAGAGCACAGGGCUUGCCACCUCUUCUCCUCCUCUCAGGUCAGUAGGAGUGGAGGUGCACAAGUCAGCCAGCACUGACCAAGACCACAGUGCCCCCCACAGUGUUGAUGCAGUGGACCCGGAGGAGCUUUCUGGAGGGGAGGACGCUAUUUCACUCAAAGACAUUGUUCCUGAGACCAGCAUCUGAUUUAGAAAGAAGAGAAAGAAUGAAAGUAAACUUGAAAAAGAGGGAACCGGAAAGAAGAGUGCACAGAGGAAAAAGACUGAAACGAAAGAAAAAGAUGAUCCCUCAUUUCUCUGAGGGUGUUUUGCAAGUAUGAGCACCAGCAAGGCAGUAACAGAGAUCAGGCAGAAAAAUGAGAUGGGGAGAGAGAAAGUGAAAGAAAAAGGUGGUUGGUUGUCUGCAGGGACGUCCUGCCUGACACUAAGUUUGCAGUUAGUGGCAUCAGCUACAGCUGUAUCCCAGUGCAGAAGCACUAAGCUGAUUUCAGCUUUCCAAACCCUUGGUCCAGCCCCAUUCAUAAGGUCUCGCAGCGUUACAGAAAGUGUGGGGGUGCCUUUGCUAAGAGUUACGUUCAAAUGCAGGUGUAGAUAUUGGUGUGUGAAUGUGUUCCAUUAAUCAGAUGUCAGUAUGUUUGACAUUGCAAGUCGUUGGAGUUGCAAGUUCAAAUCCUACAGUGCUGUGCUCCUCACCAGUGCAUAGCUCAUGAAAGUACAUAGAACCUGGGUUGCAGGUGUAUUAAAUCUAUAUACAAGGGGAGCCAUGUUGAAAGGAGGAGAGAAUAAUGAUUGUAAUUG